UUUAUAUUGUAAUGCUUAGUUAAGGUGAUCGAAUGAGAAGUGUUACUUGUUUGUUACGAUCCUAAGCUUCUCUGAUUUUUUUUUCUCCUUCCUUCGUAGUUCUCUUGGAGUAUUCAGUCCUUUCCCUCCAAAAGUAUCAUAAACAUUAGAGUAGUACAGUACACACUGUACCAUUAUAUUCAAGAAAAACUAACCAUGGCAUGUCUUUGGACAAUGCUUGCUGUGUUUGCAGCUUUGUCUCUAAUUCAAGGUCUUUUAAAGAAGAAGAAAGCCAAGAAACUGCCACCAGGUCCAAGAGGGCUACCCAUUGUGGGACACCUUCACUUGGUUGGUAAAAAUCCCCAUCAGGAUUUGAGCAAGCUAGCCAAGCAGUACGGUCCUAUCAUGCAUUUGCGAUUCGGCUUCGUUGACACCAUCGUUGCUUCAUCUCCUCAUGCUGCAAAGCUCUUCCUCAAGACUCAUGACCUUGUGUUUGCAAGCAGACCACCUAUUGAGGCAGCUAAGUAUAUGUCUUAUAAUCAAAAGAGUUUGUCUUUUGGUGAAUACGGUCCUUACUGGCGCGACAUGCGCAAAUUGUGCACACUACAGGUCCUUAGUAAUCAUAAGGUCAAUUCAUUUCAAGCCAUGAGAAGAGAAGAAUUGUGUUAUCUUAUCGACUCACUCAAGCAAUCAGCUCUGAAUCGCGUGGCCGUUGAUUUGAGUGCUAAAGUUUCUGAAUUGAGUGCAGAAAUGAGUUGCAGGAUGGUGGUUGGGAAGAAGUACGAGAAUACGGACAUUGAUGAGAGGGGUUUCAAAGGUGUGAUUAACGAAGUUAUGCAGCUAUUAGCAAUACCAAAUCUUGGGGAUUAUUUUCCUUAUCUUGGUAUCCUUGACUUUCAAGGAUUGACUAGACGAAUGCAAGUCAUGGCCAAAGUCAUUGAUCGGUUCCUUGAGAGGAUCCUUGAUGAGCAUGAACAGAUUGGAAGCAGUGAUCAGAUGACAAAGGAUUUUGUAUAUAUCAUAUUGUCUAUCAUGAAAUCAGGGCAAACUGAGUUUCAAUUCACUCGUGAUCAUGUCAAAUCUAUUUUGAUGGAUAUGCUUGCUGGAUCAAUAGACACUUCAUCAAGCGCAAUUGAUUGGAUAAUGGCAGAACUCUUGAGAAAUCCACAAGUACUGAAGAAAGUUCAACAAGAAUUAGGAAGUAAGGUGGGUCUCAAUAGGAUGGUUGAUGAAUCUGAUUUGGAGGAUCUAAACUAUUUAGAAAUGGUCAUGAAAGAAUCCUUUAGACUUCAUCCUCCGGGGCCAUUACUUAUCCCUCGUGAGGCAAGGGAGGAUUCCACGGUUGAUGGAUUUCACAUACCAAAAAAAGCACGAAUCAUUGUAAAUGUUUGGUCAAUUGGACGUGAUCCAAAUGUGUGGGUUGAUCCUGAAAAAUUUAUCCCAGAGAGGUUUGAAGGUUGCAAUAUAGACUAUCGAGGUAGGAAUUUUGAAUUCAUUCCUUUUAGCUCUGGUAGAAGAAGUUGUCCUGGUUUACAACUUGGAAUUACUGUGGUAAGAUUGGUGGUAGCGCAACUAGUGCACUGCUUUGAUUGGGAACUUCCAAAUGGUAUGUUACCUAAAGAGUUAGACAUGACUGAGAAAUUUUCUCUUGUGAUGCCUCGUGCCAAGCACUUGAUAGCUGUUCCCCACUAUCGAUUACAUAUUUAAGCGAAUGAGUGUUUAAAAGCUCAUUUCUUACUUAAAUAAGGAAACACCUAACUUCUAGUGAGGCGGUGAAUAUGGUCAACUAGCAUGGAGCUAAACAUCACUCUCUAAAUUGUUCUUAUUCAUAGUUUAUACAUGUUAUGUCUUGUGUAAGAUCUAAAAAUGUAGUGAAUGAUAAAUAAUGGUCUAGUUUCAAGUCACCCAAAAUGCAAGGAGAGUGCUUUGCUGAAACACUUAUUAAAAUAUGUCUACUCUAUUACUUGUCGAAAUUGUUUAUAUUUUAGGAGUUGUUUGUAAUUGGCGUCACUAGUGAAUUGAUUUUCGGUGGUGGCGUA